AUGGGGAAGACAAGAGAUCUUUAUAAGAAAAUUAGAGAAAUUAAAGGAAAAUUCCAGGCAAAAAUUGGAAUGAUAAAAGAUAGAAACGGGAAAGAUCUGAGUGAAGCAGAGGAUGAUAAGGAAAGAUGGGCAGAAUAUGUAGAAGACCUAUACAAGAAAGAACUGCAUCAUGACAGGGCUCCUACUGCUGAUGUUAAUGUUAAUUUAGAACUAGAGCCAGAUAUUUUGGAGAGCGAAAUCCAGUGGGCCCUUGAAAAUAUGGCUGAUAACAAAACUAGUGGACAGGAUGAAAUACCAGCAGAAUUGUUUAAAGUCACUGGAAAGGAUGCAGUGAAAGUGCUGCACUCAAUAUGUCAAAAAAUAUGGAUUACGCAGCAGUGGCCAGAAGACUGGAAAAGAUCAGUAUUCAUCCCCAUUCCAAAGAAGAAAAGUUCUAAAGAAUGCUCAGAUUACCGAACAAUCGCACUUAUUUCACAUGCUAGCAAAGUUAUGCUGAAAAUCUUACAAAAUAGACUUCGCCAAUAUCUAGUUCGAGAGCUGCCAGAAGAACAAAUUGCUAACAUCCGGUGGAUUAUGGAAAAAGCGAGAGAAUUCCAGAAAGAUGUGUACCUCUGCUUUACUGACUACGCCAAAGCCUUUGACUGCGUCGAUCACCUUGUCUGCAUUACUCCAGACGACCUAGUGCAGCCACGCCUCUUUAGAGUGCUGACACAUGUAGGGCGCCCGGGCCACGAGGAGCUGACGGCUCGCGGGCUGGCUGCGGCACUGCCGGCGCUCUGCUGGAGUCUGGCGCUGCGGCCGCACUUCCGGCGCGCUGAAUAA